AUGAAAAAGUUUUUCAAAAAUAUUUACUUACCUGAUCACUGGACUACUGUUAUUAAGGUAGCUAGGGACAAUGUUUUAUUUGAAAAUGUAGAUUUAAAGAAAAGGGGCUCUACAGAUAUGACUGGUAUUAAGCUGGAUCCUUUAUACCCUGAUGGACAAUCCAUCAGUUGUGAGAAAAAAAAGGAUUUAUUAGAUCUAUUGCCUUUUAUACCUCCAGUGUAUCACAGCUUUUAUACCAGUAUCAAAGAUAAUGCGGCUGUAAGAAAUGUCAUAGAUGUUGAGGAUGAUAUUGAUAAUGACUAA